GCCGAGUCAGUGCCAAUAUGGCGGCUCGGAUGGCCAAGUUGUUGUUUUUAUUGCUUUGUUGUUCGCCUAUAUCUUCCUCACAAGCUAUCCAUGUCUCAGAUAGCAGACAUUUCUGCGCAAAGGAACAACAAGUCUUACACAUCAACCUGGGAUCUGAGCUCCCGCAUUCGACUGGAACCGUAGACAAGACCCCAGUUCACUGCCACAUCGAGAGAGACGAAGAAAACCAUUCAUGCCAGCAGACUUUCGAGUGUGAAAGCCUGAGGAAUGCAUGUGUUCCUGAAAACCAGAAUCAUUUUGUGAUUCAAAGUUAUAAUGGGCAGGGGCUACACCUAGUGAUUACUCACACGUCUGGCAAGAAGCUCUUUACUACAGGCAAUAACAGUGUGGAUAAGGAAGUUGCUCAUGCUAUUAGUCUUUUGGGAUGUGGAGAUAUUGAUGAUGCUAUCUCCUAUUUUACCAAGAUUAUCAAGGAGCAUCCCAAGGUGACGAGCGCUUUCCUCGGUCGAGGGACAGCAUAUGUAAAGAAGGGUAUUCAGAUCAAAGAGAACUCAGAUGCUGCCAUCAGUGACUUCUCCACCGUGAUCAGCCAUAGCCCUAAGAAUCCAGAGGGAUGGAUAAGGAGAGCAGAGGUGCUAUCACCCAUUGGCCGCAUCCCUGAAGCUAUCAAAGACAUUAGUGUUGCCCUUAGCUUACAGCCUUCAGCAGAGUUGUACUUGAUCAGUGGUACUUUACACUUUAUGUCUGAGGAUUAUGUUACAGCAACGAAAAACUUGGAAAAAUCACUUGAGUACAACCCAAGUCAGGCAACUGCUACUCUGUACCUAGGGCUGUCACUAUACCACAGAGGGCUUAUACAGCAAGCCAUUCCAUUGUACAAGAAGGCACUCCAGGCGAACACUAAUACUGCAGAGGUGCAUAGGAGUCUUGGUCAUGCAUACAGGGAACUGGGAGAUGCUUCAGCUGCUUAUGAGCAUUUCACUGCAGCAUUGCUACUAGAACCAAGAAGUGCAGAAACGUUCCACCUUCGUGGGAUGCUGCAAUACAUGAAUGGAAAACCAGCUCUGGCUCUUAAUGACUUUAAGGCUUGUCAGAGUUUCGACCCUCAAAAUACAGCCUGUUUGUACAUGAAAGCUGUCUGUUAUGCAACAUUAGGAAAUUUCUAUGAAACUGUAAAAAUGUCAACUAAGAUACUUUAUGGAGAUCAUGGAGGAAUCAUGAAUCCUAUUGCUGUGAAAGCCCAAUUUUUAAAAGAAUAUUCACGGUAUCUUCACUCUCAUCUCGACACCCCCCUAACUAGCUUCACCCCAGAUGAAGGGUUGGAUGGGAACUUGAGGGACCACUGGGUCAAGAGUCUUCCCUUCAGCAUCCUUAACUACACUGAGCAGCCAGGUAUCCAACCCAGUAUCCGGGAAGUGGAGUCGUUACCGUUCGAGGAAUAUUCAACAGACGCAAAGACGAUCCUUUGCAAAUCUCAGUUGCUGGGUCCGCUAGUGCAGUACCACACAGAUGGCUUUCUCCCAAGCACUCGGCACCACAGGGCCAUGGGUCUGGCUAUCUUAGAUGUGGCACAGGCGGCUCAGAGGCACUGGAAGUCCGUACGCUCAUCCAAGGCGUCUGAUAAGUCUGCGAGGUUGUCUUGGAGGGCCAUGUUUGAUGUGGCAGUCAAGUGGAGAAGGCUAGUUGACCCUGAUCAAGCAGUCAUGUGGCUGGAUAAAAUGCCUCAGAAGAGUGUCCGUGCCGGGUUCAAUGUUCACAUGACCUUGGUCAGGGGUCAAAUGAGAAACGUCAGAUACUCAGACUACUUUGAGAAGAUAUUUCAGUUUACAAAGAAGAUGCUGUUACAUUUUUAUAAGACCGAGGAGUUUAGUACUAAAGACUUUAAACGAAGGAUAGAAAAAUCAAGAACAUGCGAAGACUUGAUCAGCGCUCUAAAGGUUCAGAAUCCAACUAAUCCUCAGCCAGGGUUGAUGCUUUCCACGCAUGUCACCAGCCUUUUAACCGCUGGAAAGAGUAACUUGGAUGGGGUCAUCCUAAUGCUGUCGGAGGGAAGUGGUAAAAACCUGGUGUUUUCCAUGGAUACGCCGACGACUCCCACACGAACCGCUAACUACCACUCGGAGCUAGAAUUCCUGUGGAACCAGAUCAGAGAUGAAGUCCGCAAGCCUUCGAACAAGGACUCGGACCCUUUAGGCGUAUACAUACUCUCCUUUGCGUAUUACUUCCUGAACCUCAUGCCGCUGUCUAGAGGCACCAGUGCGGUUGCGUACACUGUGGCGUUGGGGCUGUUUCUCGCGGCGGGCAAAGAGGCGACGGGGAAUAUCCCCAAAGGGAAGGAAGUAGACCUUGAGGCCAUGAUAGGUGGUACCGCUGACAAGUUUGCUAAGGAAGUGCAGGCAUGGCUCGCUCUGAAGAAGGCUUCUCCAUCACUGACGUCAUUUCCGUCCGUAAGAGACACCUUCCCAACUCUCCGCCAUGCGCUUGAAGCACUAAACGUUGACGUCGAAGCCGAGCACUGCAAGCGUCACAGACCAAGAAAGAGCCAGUGAUUCCAACCGCUGACCAGCAAUUCGAAUAUAGCUGUUGGUCAUCGCUGAUCAACGCAGCAUGUUUCGCUUGUACGGCAAAUGAUACUUAAAGAUAGAUCUUAGGCAAUAAAUAUCUGAAUUAAGCGA